UGAGUUGAUAUACACAGGACGAGGGCAGAAGCAUGUUUUUACGCGCAUCAUCACGAUAAGUCCAUUUUGUUUUGGGUAAUUGUUGUUUUAUAUUUGAUUUCAACUUGUUUAUGAGGUCAUACUCAUGAUUGAAUUUUGAGAAACUACCGACUUAGUCACACUGCAGCCACGAUCUCAUUCCUAUUUUUCCUGAAAAGAAGUAAGUAUGAUUUGAACGGGAGAACAAAGAAAAUGGAUCGCGAGGUGAAAAUCGAAUUCUGGAAUUACAGUGGUGUAGAAUACCGCUUCGGUGGUGAAUUCCUGGACUUCGGGAACUGGAAGCCAGGGAGCAAAUCCAAAGAGAAAUUUAUGGCUUCCGUUGUAGCAACAAAUGCAUCGCCAUAAAAAGAGAGACUUGUCAUGGCUAAACUUGUACCACUACUAGGUAGAGUAAGCUCCACCACCAACGAGAGUUCACGCUGUUCUACUGCCUGACUGGGGUGCAUUUGUUUUGUCGUUCCUUGUUCUAAUGCUUGCGUCAUCCCGGCAAAGCGCGACUCGAUUUCGACCACCACGCCAGGCUCAUCGCCAACAAAAGUACCAAAGGAUGCGUCGCCACAGAAAAUGCCGAGCACCGCGACGGCCGGAGUGGUCGCUGGGAACUCACCUGCGAGCUCUUCAAGUGCACGCGCACCAGAGGAGGACGGAGGGGGCGCAGGCAGGCUUACCACACGUUUUGUGAACACCAGUUGGGUAGCGGGCGUUGGCGGCUACGUUUAUUUCACCGGUGCGGAUCAAAGUUGUAUCGAAGUGGCGUUUUCGUCACCCCUGGUCGGGCCAAACAAAUUCACCGCAAGGAGGCAUGCGACCUUCACUGGGAAUGCUAAGGUAACGAAAAUUAUACUUCUUGUGGUUGCGCAUGCGCAUUCUAGAGCGUAAGUUCGAACUCAUGAUGCUACUAAGUUCGAAUUCAUUUUGAUUUUCAUCAAGAUUUCUGCGUUGGUCAAAUCUAUCUACCGUCACAACUAUGACAGGCGCUCUACGAGAAUGCGCCUGAUAUCGUCGCUGCUGGACAUCGAGUGCGAACGAAGCGAAACAACCUUAGCUGGUUAACAAUGGAGGAAUCGAGUGCGGGACUUCGGUACUUUUGUACCUUCGAUUUCGUUGAUGGUCAUGGUUUCUUGCAAAUGAUCAAUUUAGAGGAAUUGCAGCAAUUAGAGAUGCAAUAAUGAUAAUGUCAUUCAAUUUGCGAUAGUCGGAGACAGACGUAAAAAUUAUAUGCAGAUACACUUAUUCCACCUCGUCGAGAUUAGUCCACAUACUUUUAAUUCUGAAACCACAGCGUCCGAGUGUUAAUUCCGGACUUGACAGUUGCUGACCUGAGCACGGACAGUGUGUAUCAGAUGGUCGCGCAAGCACCACUCUGUCCGAGUUACUGCGUGUUAGAUGAGGUUGACGUUGCCCGUGGCGGUGUUUCUCCCGGCAACUCUUCAGCGCGACAAGGGGGGCCACCGACCGAGGAGGAGAGUUCUUCUAGUGAACGGAGAUUUCGCAUAAUCAUCGAGAACCGCAGCGCUGAAGAUUGGCUCUGGGAUGGAGACUUCUUCUCAGGUGGACAGUGGUCCUCUAAGAAACCGAGGAUACGAGCCGCAGCAUCGUUGGGUGGAGGCGCAACUUCUGGUGUGAUAAAUGGCGGCGGAGUCGCAGGGGGGGAGCAGCACCUACAACCAGCACUUGGCACAGGUGGUUCGGCCACUUUUGCACCCCUAGCGCGCAGUAGCCAGCAAGACGCUGCACAAGGAAGUGAUGCGAGCAACGCUGAGCAGAAGCAAAAUAGAGGGAAGCCAAGUAAGCGUGCAUCUUCCCAAUCCAGUCUCACGACACUAGAAUUUCGUUCCGACUCGAUGCUUUCCGGCAUUCAAGGUUUGACAUGGUUUGUGAACGCGCGAACCAUGCAAAAAUAUUUGUGCCUCUGUUUUUCGAACCCGGUCAUGGGCGAAGGAAUCUUCUUUGCUAGUGCCGGCCACCCUCCGCAUGAUUUGAAGCAGGUCCUCUCAGAAAGCACGGCGACGCUUGCAUGUACUACCUAUACCCGUGGCUUUUUUAUUAGUGAAACUUUUGUACUUGUACUGCUACGUACUAGAUGUGUUGAGAUCAAUUUGAAGCUUUUUAUUUCUUUGUGUGUCAACUCUUUGGCGGCCCCACGAAGUGUCUCUUUUUCAUAAGUUGAAAACGAAUCGCGAUGUUGUACAUAGAUACCUCUGGUCUACUUGAUGUUCAAAUCCUUUCAGCAAUGGGUGACGCGUUGCAUUCCCGCUUAGAGCAGGGCGUUUCGUGGCAAGUGGUAGACACGAGUUCGUCACUACACUGUGUCCGCCUCAUCAUACAUGAGAAGAUCAGUCGGAUAGACUGGAGUCUCUACCCCCUACCAAAACCAAGAGUCAGGCGAAGCAGCACAGAGGUCCGCGCGUCAACAGUAGCGGAAUUCACUGGCGAGGCUGAGGUACCAACUGGAGUUUCACCCGCUUCACCGGUGAAGACUGUAGGCGACACUGCGACCCGUUCUUCGAAAACAGCGGACGGACCAUCAGCGGCAGCAGCAGCACAAACUAGUGUCGGAACGCAAGAUUCCUCAGAUGGUGGGGCUACCUCUUCACCAAGUAAAAAGAAAAGCGUAAGAAUAUCUAAUGCGGAUGACAAUCAGGGACAAGACGGCGCCGCUGAAUCUAGUGAGCAAGACGGUGACGCACCGGUUGAAAAUAACUAUCAGCUGAUGCUGCGAAAGCAGGAGUCCGGAUCCGAGGAGGACGCACUAAGUGAGACCCUCAACCAAACGAGACCGAAGGACGCUUGGGACGGGCUAGGUCAGGGUCUACUCGCAACCGGAACGGGACUUGUAGCUGGUGUGGGCAUGCUCGUUGCCGCGCCCAUCGCAGGGGCGAACGAAGGUGGUGUGGGCGGCUUCUUCUCUGGUCUGGGCAAGGGCAUCGCGGGUGCCGUUGUGUGCACGGUUGGCGGAGUCGCCGCCGCAGCUACACAGAUCGCACGCGGUGUGGCGAAUACACCCGAAGCGCUUCAGCAAGGCCCGAACAUGAAGUGGGACAGCUCUCUGGGAAAAUGGGUCGACGACACGGUGAACCUGCGCGAGCUGGAGGCAGGGAAGCUGGAAGAGAGCGAGAGCGAAGAUGAAGAAACUGAAGCAAUGAAAGAAAAGUUCGGCGGAAACGUUUUAGAAACGGAGUACUACGACCUGUUGGGCGUUGCUCCUACCGCGACGCCAGGCGAAAUCAAGAAGGCUUACUACAAGAAGGCUCUCGUGGUCCAUCCGGACAAGAAUCCUAAUGACCCAGAGGCCCAUAAGAAAUUCCAAGAGCUGAGUCAGGCGUACCAGAUUUUGUCGGACGAAAAGCUGCGAGAAACGUACGACCGAUGCGGAAAGAGUGGUGUAAACCAGCAAGAGAUGCCGGAUAUCGAUGCUGCUAUGUUUUUCUCCGUUCUUUUUGGAUCCGAGCGGUUCGACUCCUACACUGGGAAGCUCUACAUCGCGAGCCAGGCUGAAACUUUGAUGCAAACACUGCAAAAACGGGACAGUCGCGAAGAGCUUCAAGGGGACAUCAAAUCCGGUAAAGCCGUUAGCGACACGAUUCUCAAACGAAAUAAAGCCGCAGCGAAGCGCGAAACACGGAAUCAAAUGCGAAGAGAAAUCAAGCUGGCACUGUAUUGAAUAAUACGCACACUUUUUCUAGCCCAGAUCUUACUCUCUGUUGACAAUUCUUGCCACGCACCUAUUUCCAGUAUGUUUAUCAAUCUAUCAAUAAUUCAAAUAUAUAAGCUUAAGCGCAAGCCAUUGACGAUGUAAGCGGUGGUUUCUUCAAGAAGUCACUGUAUUGAAGAUUCAAAACGACAAUGAAAUAACAGCAAUCUGCGGGCGAAGCUUGCGCCUUGGGUGAUGGGCCGCGAUGAGAAGAAUUUUAUGAGCGAGAUCGCUGUGGAGGCUGAAGAACUGAAAAAAGCGUCCUUCGGAGAGCGGAUGUUGCAAGCCAUUGGUUUCAUCUAUGAAAACAAAGCCGACAAGUUUCUUAGCGAACAAGGAGGCGAAUGGUCCUUCUUUUCCUCGAGUGGGUGGAAAGAAACAGGUGCCAAGACACAGAGGAAUUGGAAGAUCGCAUCGAAUUUGACACAGGCUGGCCUUGCGCUGAAGCGAAUACACGCACAGGCACAGGACCUAGAUUCCGACAACGAAGAAGGGAAGGGAACAAAAGGCGCAGGCAACGGAGAACAGAAGAAAUCCAGCGGUGACACAAAAAAGUCCGCUGGAGCAACCUCUUCAGAUGGAGGUAGCACCGCUUCGCCAGCAACCCCCUCGGCGGCGUUAUCAGGUGCCGGAAUAGACGCUACGACAGCCACAACGGUUCCAGGCAGCUCGACUGAUAAAGCAGAUCAGAAGACAUCGGUACCCGAUGAGGCUUUCAGCAAUGUGCAGCUAGGAGAGAAGGGUGGUGACAAGAAAAAACUAACACCGGAAGAGCAAGCCAAGAAGCAGGAAGAGAAGAAAAAGCGACGCGAAGCAGCCGUGAAGGAAAUGGAGAACACGCUCCCUCUAUUCCUAGAAAUCAUCUGGGAGCUUUCGGCUUCAGAUAUCGAGACCACAGUCGGCAUGGUGUGCAAGCUCUUUCUGUACGACGUGAGUGUGCCAUGGAUCAUCCGAUUUCGGCGGGCAGCAGCCUUGCAGCGCGUCGGCCGCAUGUUCCAGGAUGUUGCCGCUGCCGAUUCGGAUUCGCUCGAUGGCAAUCAGGCGAGGACGCGUCUCGAGCAAGCGCUUGUCCAAACCAUAACGAAGGAGAAAACAGACGACGGCGGAGGAACUACACCAUCGCAAACCAAAAGAGCUGGUCGAAAGGCGAAUGCGCCAUAGACGAGUAUCACCUAGUACACGAGGACUAGGCGCUGAAGAUAGUAGAUGACCACGAGAUGAGCAGAUACACAUACAUUCCGUUCACUUGUUCAUGUGUUUCGAUUUCCGUUGACGGGAGCAUGUUUUUGACUAUUUUGGGCUCGCGUUUCUCAGCGGGAAUGAUGAUAUCAUACCAUCACCAGUAAUGUAUAGUAUCAUCAACUUGAUGUUGUACCCAACUGUGAAAAUAAGAACAUCAUUUGACAUAUUUGAAGAUGAACUCAAUGAUCUCACAGCACUAUAACUUAACAAACUCGUCACUACGCAGCUGAUGUCAAGAUGCAGACGCAAAUACAGUUGCCAUUCUCUUUUCCCUAUUUUCCAAAAGUAGAGCAGAAGCGUCUGCUCGGACCUGAACUCUUUCUGCUGGGAACAGGGACAUCUCGGAAAACCAUAUCCUGAAUCUCCCCUCCUCAGAACUGCCGACGCAUUUCUCAGAAUGGUUUACACCCUGUUUUCUACAACAGUGCGAUUCUUAAAUUCCGAGACUGCUGCGUGUUUAU